AUGCUUGAUCCUUGCCUGGAACACCUCAAGUGGUCCUCUCACUGCGCCUACCUUAAGCUGACCGGGCUGGUGAGACACAAGAAGAAGAACGUGGCAGCUACUGCUUACUGGCACUAUCUGUGCGAGGAGAACACGAAUGAGGAAGCUUUCCCGCCUCCCCAGAAUGAAAGUAAGAAGAAACAUUCUUCCCGAGUACACAGAGUCGAUGAUGAUUCUGAUGAAUCUGAUAUUGAUCCUACAGAGGAACUGAUGACUAUAUAUACCUGUGAAGAAUCUGUCAACUGUGUUGUAGGACAAUACCCUACUAAAAUCUUCACAACACUUGAAGUGAACUCUCAACCAGUACGAUUUCAGCCACUCAGGAGAAUUCCACAUGCUCUCAAGCAAGACCCAUUGACAGAACUCGAACGUCUAGAAAAACGUGGUGUAAUUACUCCAGUUGAUACACCUACAGACUGGGUCUCUAGUCUAUUGAUCGUUAAGAAGCCCUCAGGAUGCAUAGAUCCUAAACCUCUCGAUAAAGCUCUCAAAAGAUGUCACUAUCCAUUGCCUGUAAUGGAAGAUAUACUGCCAGAUAUUGCAGAAGCCAAGGCGUUCUCUAAAUGUGACUUGAAAGAUGGUUUCUGGCAUAUCGUACUUGAUGAGGACUCUAGUUAUCUCACAAACUUUGGAACGCCAUUUGGACGCUAUCGGUGGCUCAGACUUCCUUUUGGUGUUUCCCCUGCACCAGAGAUAUUCCAGCAGAGAAUCGAUCAGCUUCUCCAAGAUCUGCCUGGAGUAUUCAGGAUAGCAGAUGAUAUAUUGAUCAUUGGUGAAGGCUCUACCAAGGAAGAAGGAAUAGCAAACCAUGACAAACGGUUUGUGCAGUUCAUGCUACGAUGCCGAGAGAAAGGUAUUCGACUCAACUCAGACAAACUUGAUCUGAAAGGUUCAGAAGUCUCUUACAUUGGUCAUCUUCUAACAGAUCAUGGACCCUAG